AUGACAUAUCUUCAAGUAGUGAUGUUGAUGCUAUAUUUUGUGAAUAAUCAUCACUCUGUGUUAGGAGGGACACAGUCAGACACACGGACAAAGCUUGACUCCAUAAAGUCCUUAAUCUACAGUAAUGCUAAGGCUACAGUUACACUGGACUCUACAGCUCUAAAGGAACUGGUCAAACUAUUAACAUCAGACAAAGCGUAUGCAAGUUCAUUGAAUCGAAAUAAGAGAGUGAGUUUCUCUGUUUAUACUGGGAACAAAAUUCUUACAUUUGGAAAAGGACAGACCAUUAGAUAUGAUGGGAUUUUGACAAACGAUGGUAAUGGAUAUGAUGAUAGAACAGGAGUAUUUGUGUGCCCAGUGGCGGGAACUUAUAUGUUUGUUGUCGAUACUCUCUCCAAUGUGGAAACCUGGCUUGCUUUAAAAGUAAACAAGAAAUCUGUAGCAAACGUGUUUAGGUCAAUUCACUAUGGAAAUAGAUGGGGUCAGACAAGCAGAACUGUGAUAGUUAAUCUGAAGCAUGGCGAUCAUGUAAAAGUCGAUACUGUUAGUGGUGGAAAUCUUCGAAUAUUUAAGGAUGCAACCUCGGGAUUUUCAGGAACACUGCUUUACUAA